GUCGACCGGGAGCAUGACACACUUUGUUUUUGCUGGGGUCCCAGUGACAGGACUGUUUUUUUGUGGGAACGCCACCCAAAGAACAGUCAUGUACCUAGGACUCCGUAAAUCUCCAUGCACAUCUUGGCUCGUCUUCAAUGCCAAGCCAAGCAGGAAUCAUGGGGCCUGUCACGAGAAACGAGGGAGUGAGAAGAGAAGGAAAUACAGAAACCAUCUGGCCCAACACCAACCCAAGCAGGAACCAUGGGGGCGAUCGCGUGGAACGAGCGAGAGGGAAGCAGAAGGGAACACAGUAACCGUGUGCCCCAAUGUCUUCGUCAUCCAUUCCCUCCGUCCCCGCCACUUGCGGCACGUGCCACGACAUGAUGAUAAUGGCGAUGUUGAUGAAGAUGAUGAUGAUGCUGAUUACGAUGCAGAUGAUGAUGAUGAUGAUGAUGACGAGGACGGUGGCGAUGUUGAUGACUACGACGAUGUCGAUGAUGAUGAUGAUGAUGAUGAUGUUGAUGAUGUUGUUGAUGAUGAUGAGGAUGAUGAUGAUCAUGAUGAUGAUGAUGGUGUUGAUGAUGAUGACAACGAUGAUGAUGAUGAUGAUGACGAUGACGAUGACGAUGAUGACGAUGAUGACGAUGAUGACGAUGAUGAUGAUGAUGAUGAUGAUGAUGAUGUUCAACAGCCGUGUGGUCCUGUAAUCUUCGUCGAAGCCAACAAGCGCCGCAGGGUUCUGGGGGCUGUCUUGCGGUGGGAGAAUGCGAAAGGCAGUCGUCGACGGUUCUACAUGAAAAAUGUGUAUGGUUCGAAGGGGAACGUCGUUGCCCGUGCCAAGGGGGCGGUUCUCGACAUGUGUCUGUUCGAGGGGUUCGGAGCGGGUGCUGCGAACACCCCGUUCUUCAACGACCUCCGGCGGCAGGGCGGGUUUGUUUUGGGUCGAGAGUUCUUCGACUUGUCGGAGGACAAGGACAUUGCCCUCGACGUCCCUUGCGAAGUCGGCCCCAACCUGGAGCUGUCAAUGCCUUUGCACCUGUGCGGCCGUUGUGAGUCGAGCGGGGCAGCGGGGGAGGGGGGGGAUCUGCGUUCUGGCGAGGCUACACAUGUGCAGCGGGAGGAUGCCAGAGGUCAGUUUGACGACAGCGAAGAUGAGGCGACACCGCGUCCGCCGUUUUCACCGUCGAGGGAAAGAGACCGGUCCGUGCUGUCCAUACCUGGGGUCCGGCUACAAACCCCUGUUCGACAAGAGGUCGCAACAGAUCCCAGAGAAGAGGCAGUCCAGUGUGGGUCCGACUUGGAGCCCGCCGAGGGCCAUGGCGCGGACGACAAGGCCGUGGGCGGUGAGGGAGUGCAGGGGACUCCCCAAAAAAGGAGGGGAGAUUGUCAAGAGGACUUGGUAGGCUCUUCGAAGAAACAGAAGACCAGGACCCCGAAGACUACGGGAGAGAAACGGAAGGGAAGGGGGGGUGGAAGAGGACCACCCGGGACAAGGCCUGCCAUCGACGUGGACGCCGUGUACUUCCUAGAGUACAAAGAUGGCGUCAGAACAAGGCGGGAGUUUGAGAUUAGCCCGGCUCAGAUCGUCGACCUCGGGGAGUGGGAGGAUCUUUACAACCAGCGGUCGCUGGAUUCUGUCCUCGUGGGAACAACAAAAGAAGCAAUGCAGUAUGCAUUCGAAAAUAAAAAGCAGACGUACGAGUUGCCGAUCUUCAAGCCCGCACCACUGGGGCUUCAAAAACCAACUCCAGGGACCGAGGCACAACGUCUGAAGCCGGAGGAGUGGAAGGACGAGCUGGCGGGAGAAUACUACUACUACGCGGUGUGCGGGCAGCAUAACGUGACUGCAGCCCGGUCGCUGCUCGGCAGCGAGGUGGCCAAGAAGUACAAUUUCGAGCGGUGGCCGGCGCGAAUGCUUUACUUUUUGGACGACGACUUCGAAGGGUAUUUUCUUGUUAGUUCACAGGACAACAAGGACCUGAAGGCGCCUCCCAGGCAGUUGAAACUGUCUAUGAAAGACAUUCGGUGGCAGUGGAAGCAUGACGGCUGCCCGAGAGUUGUAAUGGGGAACCCUAGCGGGAAACAAGAUCAGGUCCGGGCUUGGCGUAAGUUUUGUACAACGGCGCUCCAUAAGGCGCCUUACAACAGCUUGUGGAUUCUCGCGGAUCAAAAGGAAGAAGAGACCCUUAAGAAGCAAAAUGCUGCCCUGCGUUCUUAUUUCCCUCUCACGAUGGCCGGAGAAAAUGUCUGGAAACUGGCCGUGGAAUUUUUCGAAAAAUGGGAGACGGGUAGAUUGUUGAGCCACGACGGGGCGAAGUGGAUCGUCAAAAAGAAGAAGGUCAAAAACGUCAAGCCUGGGGUCGCCUACAUCCACAACGACAAGUUGGGCAAAACUGAGGUGGUGUACAACGUCCCCGUGGACCCACCGAAUAAGAAAGGCAAAAAGGAGAAAGAGGAGGGCGAUUGGUUCGUGCAAGUGCCCGACCCGGAUGCGCAUUGUUGGAAAGCAAUGGAAUCACUCACGGGCAAUGAGAAGUGUCGCGUUCUUAAGAAGCUGGUGAAGUGCGACCACGUGCUGGUCCGGUUGUGGAAUUACUACCAAUUCAAACACGAGAAGAGGCCGGACGCAGAUUGGAUCCAAAGGUACCCUUUCCUGAAAUCGAGGUCUGCAGUGUUCAAGAAGUUUGAAAGUCAGGGAUUGGAUGACGAGUUGUGGGAUAACAGCAGGAAACACGUUUUCGACUCGGCGUUGUUUAAGGACUGCAUGCCGUACAUGGGUUGCGACCAGGACAACUCGAUCGAGGUGACGGAGAAGUUGGCGGGCCACAAGAAGUUGUCCGUCGACUGGAGAAACAAGGUUCUCUCCGUGUUGAAUGGGAGCAGACUGAAGAGCCGGAAGGUCGCUCUUGCCGAAGGCAUUGUACACAUUAAAUGGAAAGAUACGGGGGACGUGACAUCCAUCGCGCCAUUCGCUAACGACCCUUUGGAGGCGGACAUCAGGGGCGCAGAGCUGAAGGAAGCAGUGACUGCCACAAAGAGCCACACGUUCGUCCUCGAUCUGUGCGAGCCGCAGAACAACCUCACGUUUCUCGCUAGCAUGCAUCAUCUUUCUUUCGUUAAGCUGUUGGAAGGGAAGUGGGUGAGGAGAGUUCAGCAAAAGAAAAGCUUCCCCGUUGGGAACAAUUUGUACACGAAGGAAGACUGCAUGUACAUCCUCUUGAAGGGUGACGAUCUGCUCGCCAACACGUUCGUGGUCUACGAGGGAAACCUGCCCAGGGGUGCUGCUGCUGCGGUGCGAUUGCAUCAGAGGGUCACCCAGAUGGAUGUGUCCGAGAUUCCCUUUGUGCCUUGCGAUUGGUCGCUGGUGGCGCCGAAACGACAGGGCAGUGUCUACGGGGAUAUGGAACGCAAUCCGAUACAAUUCGUCGGUCUUCUUGAUUUCCUUAGCAAGAAGGGAAAGGGUGUCGUGUUCCUUGGGAAACCGCACGCCCGAAGCGUCUGGGAUCUUCUGAAGGCCGGCCAACAUGUUGUCGCGAUGGAAGGGAACGCCGAGCUCUUGCAAUUCACAAUGCAGGUGGUGAAAAGCGAGGUCAAUUCGGGCGGGCACAAUUGUGAGUUCAUGGUCGUGAAGCCAACACGGGAUAAGGUGCGAAGCAACAAGACGGAUAUGUGGUUCAAGUUGAGCGAGAGGAAGAGGAACAAGAUAUACGAUUUCUUGUUCCUUCAAACGCGGCCGAGGAAGGACACUGACGCUGAGUACGUCCGCCGGAAGGACCACAUGUUCGCACUGCUCGACAACUACCACUUCGCCUCCCGCAUGAACGCGAAGAUGUUUCUCGAUAGGCUACAGUCGCUGUACUUCGUGGAGUCCGAGGAGCAGUUAAACUUACCCAUUUACGCUUCCCUGAUCUCCACUGAUGACGAGGAAGCCACAUGUGUGGAGUUCGUCGCCAAUGCGAAGGAGGAGGAGAGCGACACAGAGAGCAUUGACCUGGAGUACGACCCACCUCCGGCAGACCACGACCGAGGGUCCUCGUCGGUCGGUCCGUCACCGAGCGCUGCAGCCCUCGUGUCACCGUCGGCCAAACCGGCGUCGGGCACCACGCCGAUGAAGUUGCUGGAGAGACUCAGAGCUCUGGUCGUCCCCCCACCCGCUUUGCGUCCCGGGUCCGACAUCCCGCCCGAUCAUCCAUCUUGGAAGGAUGACCACAUCCACUUCCUGCUUGAGCCACAACGUCAUUCGCCUGAGCUGGAAUGGGGCCAUGACAUGGUGUGGCAUCCGGGAGUCAUCCAGCCAGCGAUACGAAAGGGCGAGUGGGUCAUGGCCGUCGCAAUCCCGGGCGCAGGAUGGGUGUCAUUCCUGCACGAGUCGAAGUCCAACUUCCUGCACCUCGCGAGGAUUUCGGUCCUCCAGAAAGUGAUGGCCGAGAAUGACACCUUUGCACCCGGUGACCAGGGUUGCCGCUACGGGGCAAACGGGGGGGCAACGAGCAAAGCCAACAAAGUGAACCCGRGCGUGGCGCACAGCCGGGUGUAUGCAGAAGUAUAGUAUGGCUGGGUGAGAUAGAGAGUUAGCAGGGACUGCGACGGGCCAGCGAGGGGGAGGCUC